ACACUGAACUUCCUUCGGGUUUGAGCCCUGUUCAUCUGAAAGUGCCAGGUGAUCAUCACCAUGACUGACUUUGCCUCCAUUGGGUUUGCACUUGUUGUAGCCUUGGGUGGGAUCCUGGGCUAUGUAAGGAAAGGCAGUGUCAUGUCCCUGGGAGCAGGCCUGGUGUUUGGGGGACUGAUGGGUGUGGGAGCCUACCAGACAUCUGUCAACCCCAACAAUUACCUGCUUUCCCUGGGAACCUCUGGAGUGCUGACUGCAGUGAUGGGCUCGAGGUUCAUCAACUCGGGGAAGUUCAUGCCUGCAGGCCUGGUGGCUGGGCUGAGUCUGCUGAUGGUGGCCAGGUUCGGGUACAGGGCCAUCUCCAACUGAGUUGGGACUACUGCAACCAGAGCUUAGCUCUGUCGGGAACUUGGGAUCCAUUCCUAAUCUAUCCAUCUUUAGUUACUACUUUUUACCAUUUAGCCUUUGUGUAGAUAUGCUCAAGAUUUUAAGAUGCACCAGUAAGCACACAAGAGCACUGGAUAAUGAAGAUAUUUGUUGGAUGUAGACAGUCAGCAAUAGGUGAUAGAUGAUGCAUAUCUAAGAGCUAAUGAAGUAUUUGUCAAACAUUAAACAUAAUUUCUAUCAUCAAAGUUAUAUUAAUCCACUGUCAAAAUUGUGCUAAACUCACAAUAUAGGGUGUAGAGCAGAAAGAUAUUGCUUGGAACAGAGUGUGUAGCGUAGGCUGUCUGUGCCUACUGACUUUCAUAUUUCAUAACUGUGAUAAGACUGCAACUGUGCUGUGAUGCAAAGAUGUUUAUAUAUUUGGAAUUCCACCAGGGAAAUAUGACAGUUGAAAAGGUGAUGAAUAAAGUCACUGCUUCAUUGCUGGCAUAG